UCAGCUGACCCGGCCCGACUGCGCAGUCAUCCCGGCUAUAAGCGCGCGACCUCCACGCUCGGGUCCGACCGCGCCGCCGCCGCCGCCAUGCAGCCCCCCAGCCUGCUGCUGUUCGCGCUCGGCCUGCUGAUCGCGUCCACCUCCGCGCUCGUCAGAAUACCACUGCACAAGUUCAAGUCCAUACGCCGGACCAUGUCGGAGGUGGGGGGCCCCGUGGAAGAUCUGAUCGCCAAGGGCCCCGUCACGAAAUACUCAAUGGCCACUGGGACCAAGGGGCCCAUCCCCGAGAUGCUCAGGAACUACAUGGACGCCCAGUACUACGGCGAGAUCGGCAUCGGGACCCCUCCACAGUGCUUCACCGUCAUCUUCGACACCGGCUCCUCCAACCUGUGGGUCCCCUCGGUCCACUGCAAGGUGUUGGACAUCGCCUGCUGGGUGCACCACAAGUACGACAGCAGCAAGUCUAGCAGCUACGUGAAGAACGGCACCUCCUUCGACAUCCACUACGGCUCAGGCAGCCUCUCCGGGUACCUGAGCCAAGACACGGUGUCGGUGCCCUGCUCUUCAGCCAUGAAGGCCUCCGUCGGUGUCAAAGUGGAGAAGCAGGUCUUCGGGGAGGCCACCAAGCAGCCCGGCAUCACCUUCAUCGCGGCCAAGUUCGACGGCAUCCUGGGCCUGGCCUUCCCCCGCAUCUCCGUCGACAACGUGCUGCCCGUCUUCGACAACCUGAUGAAGCAGAAGCUGGUGGACAAGAACGUCUUCUCCUUCUACCUGAACAGGGACCCAACCGCGCAGCCCGGAGGUGAGCUGAUGCUGGGCGGCAUAGACUCCAAGUACUACACGGGCUCCCUGUCCUACCUGAACGUCACCCGCAAGGCCUACUGGCAGAUCCAUCUGGAUCAGGUCGAGGUGGCCAGCGGGCUGACCCUGUGCAAGGAGGGCUGCGAGGCCAUCGUGGACACGGGCACCUCCCUUGUGGUGGGCCCCGUGGACGAGGUGCGUGCGCUGCAGAAGGCCAUCGGGGCCGUGCCGCUGAUCCAGGGCGAGUACAUGAUCCCCUGUGAGAAGGUGUCCAGCCUGCCCUCGGUCACCCUGAAGCUGGGAGGCAAAGACUACGUGCUGUCCUCGGAGGACUACACACUCAAGGUGUCCCAGGCCGGGAAGACCAUCUGCCUGAGCGGCUUCAUGGGCAUGGACAUCCCCCCGCCCAGCGGGCCACUCUGGAUUCUGGGCGACGUCUUCAUCGGCCGCUACUACUCAGUGUUCGACCGCGACAACAACAGGGUGGGCUUCGCAGAGGCCGCCAAGCUGUAGCUCCCCGGCCCGCCCCCGCCGCCGGCAGAGAAAGGAGAGUAGCCGCUAGCAGGAGGCUGCAGGGGGAGGCCGGCGUCCCCAGCCCUCCCCGCCCCUCCCCUCUCACACACACUCGCACACUCACCCGCCCCGCCGGCUCUCUGGGGGCCCCGCCGGCUGGGCUUGCCGUUUUGCCCGGGGUUGCCCCGCCCCGGGUUCAGAAAGGCUGCCUGUCUGAUGGAGGGCGGGCACCGGCCCAGCACACGUGUCACUCGGUAGGCAGCGUGUUCGUGUGCCCCAUAGCCCCUCCGCCCGGGAGUCCCUCCCCAAGCUGGCCAGCUCCCGCCGGCCCCAGGCCGUCCUCACAAAGUCCUCACGGAUCCUUCUUCGGAAACCGGCCCUGUCCAAGGACCCCCCCCAGCCACCGGCCACCCACAGCUGGGCUCUGCCGACCCCCGUCCGUGUGUACUGGGCCCACUGAGGGAGGGCUGAGGCCGAGGGUGAGCAGGCGGGGACUGGAAGGAGGAAUCAGCUGCGUGGGCACUCGUGGACCCGGUGGGGAGCCCGACGGGCUGACUUCUGCUGCCUUUUCAGGUGGCUGAAGGACAGAGUUGACGUGACAAUACAGCCGUGCAGCCUC